GGGAGGACCAGUUGAAAUCUGUCCACCGGCCGAACCGAUACGUCGUUUGCUUCUCCGCUGUUUCAGAGCUAAGCUGUCAAAUGAAUCAUGUCGACGAUGACGGCCAGCGUUGCUCGCCCAGCGCUAUGCGUCGCGUCUAUAAAACCGUUACCUCCCAUCACCAACCACCCAAACGAAUCUCGGAAGAAAUUGUUCGAAGUUCAUUGAAAUCUGAACAGGAACUGAGGAAGCCGUGAAUAGCCUGUAGUGUAGGGCUGUGAGUGUGAAGCUGCGACGACCAUGCAGAGCAUCAAGUGCGUAGUGGUGGGCGAUGGAGCAGUGGGAAAAUCCUGUCUUCUUAUUAGCUACACGACGAAUGCCUUCCCAGGAGAGUAUGUUCCGACAGUUUUCGAUAACUACUCGGCUAACGUCAUGGUAGAUGGCCAGCCCAUCAACCUGGGACUAUGGGACACAGCUGGCCAGGAGGAUUAUGACCGGCUACGACCGCUGUCUUAUCCGCAAACGGACGUGUUCCUGGUUUGCUUCAGCUGUAGCUCGCCUUCCUCACUUGCCAAUGUCGCUCCAAAGUGGAUCCCUGAAUUGCAGCAUUUUAGUCCGGGUGCCCCCAGAAUCCUAGUUGGCCUGAAGACUGAUCUGAGAAGUGAGGAGUCGCAUCACAGUCACAAGAUGGUUUCCUAUGAGAAGGGAGUAGCGGUUGCGAAGGAAAUUGGUGCAACAUAUUGUGAGUGCAGUGCUCUGACUCAGGAUGGCAUAAAGACUGUGUUCGACACUGCAAUACGCCUGGCGCUGAACCCAGAGACGAAAAGGCCUAGCCGGAAGUCUGGCUGCUGGCCAUGGUCCCGUGGCAAGUCAACAGCUAAUGCCAUCGACGAGAGACCGCCACCUCCAGUCAUGCCCCCCGCUGGAAAAGCUCCCUGGGUCAACAUCGAGACAGCCUCGUUCGCUGAAGACUGGUUUGAAGCUGCGUGCUCCGGCGAAGAAGCGGAUGUUGUCUUCCACGUCCAUGGCCACAAGCCUGUUCCUGCUCACCGCCUGGUUCUGUGUGCUGCAUCACCCAUCUUCAGACGCCUCUUUGGUAUCAAGAAGAAGGUAGACCUGAGCAAGGUGGCUGGACCGUCGCAGCCCAAGCAAGAAGCGACUCACCUGCUGACUGCAGAGGAUGUCGAGGCUGGACGCGUGCCCGGCCUGACCGGGAUGAGUAUCUCCCACUGCUGUGCUGACGAUCCUGGCCUCAUUACGUGCUUCACAGUCAGCGAAAAGGUGACGGGAGCCGCGUUUGAGAAUGUCCGCGACUUCUUCUACACGGGUAACCCUCCGCGACUCGAGAGCGGCGGUGACAUUCAGGAGACGAAGAGGGCCGCUGAGGUCUUCAAGCUGGCCGAGCUGGAGACUCUGUGUCAGAAUGUCGAUGAGGAGCAGGAGUUUCUCAACCCCAGCAUCGGCACGUGGCUGAACGACUGUGUGGGCGCAGCUGCCAAGCAACUCUUCCUGAGCAAGGAUACGAUGUCAGACCUCAUCUUCCGUGUGGAUGGGCACACCGUGCGUGCUCAUCGCUGUGUUAUUGUAGCUCGGUGUGCGGCUUUGGCUGCACUCUUCAAACACUCCACGGAGGAUGUACCCGAGGUCACGAUCACCGACACAAACAUCCACUGCUUUCUUGCAUUGCUUGAAUACAUCUACACCGAUCAUGCCCCUAUUGAGGAGGGUGACCCAAUCGGCAUCCUGAAGCUGGCAAAUCGGUUUGGCUUGACCCGUCUUCUGAGUCUGUGUGAGCUGUACGCAACCAAGGAUGUGGAGCAGGCAGUGGUGCAGAGCAUCCAGCAUGCUGACGUUGAUGUCAUCGGUCUGCUGCAUACCGCACAGAGCAACGGCGCCGCCCAGCUCAGCGCCUGGUGCUUGCACUUCAUCUCAUCCAACUACAUGGCCUUUAAGCAGCGCGGCGAGUUCUCUCAACUUCACGGCGACAAUCUCAGCUACAUUGAUACGAACCAAUGGCCACCGAUGGACUACCUCGACGCCAUUGCCGAGUAUGAGAAGAAGUACCCAUCCAAAAAGCAGAAGAGUGGUCGCCAACGACGAGGUGCCCACGCCUGAUGUCGGAAACAGAUUCAGGCCAUCGGUCAACUUGAGUCCUUUGCUUCACGAUCUAAUUAACGAAUGCGGCCACUGCCUGGACGUGUGGCAGCAUGCAGGACUUAUGCACUGUAGCUGGCCCUAGUGUGUGCACUGUAGCUGGCUAUAGUGUGCUACUAAUGCGUGUUUCUGGUUGUUUUACCUUGUUCCAUUCUAAUCUUAUUACCGUAUUAUUAUUAUUAUUAUUAUAGCGGCUUCAACAGCUAUUCAUGGCCAGUAGACCUGGCGACCGUUGGCUCGGCAGUUUCAGCUUCAUUGUACUGCAUUAGCCUAUAAAAAUUGGAAUAGAUGUAAUUCUUUUUUUAGUGUUAGGUGAAAAUCAUCCAUUCUUGUGCAUGUGAUGUACGUACAUGCUCUCGCCCUCAAACGUUGCUCAACAGAAUCAUUCUGUUCCUUGAGAUCAUUUGUGAUAACAUUGAGUAUAAAUCAUCAUUCUGAGUUCAUAGGAAGCUUUAACAAUACUUUAAUACUCUUGCCGGUAUGAGCAUCAUACAGUGUA